AGGAGAAAACAAACAACAAAACAAACCUCCACAGCCCUCAGCUCUCUCCAAAUUUCCAAUUUCCUUCUCUUAGGAGGAAGAGGAAAAGAAGGAGAAGGAGGAGGAGGAGGAGGAGGAGGAGGAGGAGGAGGAGGAGGAGGAGAAGGAAAAGAAGGAAAAGAAGGAAAAGAAGGAGAAGAAGGAGAAGAAGGAGAAGAAGGAGAAGAAGGAGAAGAAGAAGAAGCAGAAGCAGCCAUAUGCUUUUUAUUGCAAGGACUUUAGUAACUAAACUGGAGGGGGGGGUGUCCACAACUUUGAAAAUCGAACCGAAUCUAAAAUUCUUUUUCCCCCUAAUUAUUAAAAACGUUCAAAUUCCUGAUUAAGGAACGCCGGAGGGCAGAAUGAUCUCCAAAGACGUGAAUGAAGGAAAAGGGUGAAAAGAAAUCCCAGCUCUGCCUGGAAGGUUCCCUGUGAAAGAGCCCGGCUCCCUUGGUAACUCCAGGCCGCGUUUUACAGGCAGCCGCAUCUGCCUCCCCUGUCUCUUACCUCCUGGAUGUUAGGAACUAUUUGUGGUCGGCGUGGUGGAAGGACACAGUGAGGCUCUCACCUCCGCCCCCCGCCCGUCGCUCGCAUCCCCAGUUCCAUCAAAGCCAACCCGGGCCAGCGCAGGGAUCUCCGAGUUGCGAGUGUGCUGAGGCUGGGACUGUCACUCAUUCUCCGCUCAGCGCGUGAACGCAGCUCGGCAGUGGCUGGCAAGAAACAAUUCUGCAAAAAUAAUCAUACCCAGCCUGGCAAUUGUCUGCUCCUCGGUCCAUUGCUCCGCCGCCGUCCACAGUCGCUUGCAAGGGGAAGGCACUGAAUUUACCGCGGCCAGAACAUCCCUCCCAGCCGGCAGUUUACAAUGCUGCGAACUAAGGAUCUCAUCUGGACUUUGUUUUUCCUGGGAACUGCAGUUUCCCUGCAGGUAGAUAUUGUUCCCAGCCAAGGAGAAAUCAGCGUUGGAGAGUCCAAAUUCUUCCUGUGUCAAGUGGCAGGAGAUGCCAAAGAUAAGGACAUCUCCUGGUUCUCCCCCAAUGGGGAGAAGCUGAGCCCAAACCAGCAGCGGAUCUCAGUGGUGUGGAAUGAUGACGACUCCUCUACCCUCACCAUCUACAACGCCAACAUCGACGAUGCCGGCAUAUACAAGUGUGUGGUCACGGCUGAGGACGGCACCCAGUCUGAGGCCACUGUCAACGUGAAGAUCUUCCAGAAGCUCAUGUUCAAGAAUGCACCAACCCCACAGGAGUUUAAGGAAGGGGAGGAUGCUGUGAUUGUCUGUGAUGUGGUCAGCUCCCUGCCUCCAACCAUCAUCUGGAAACACAAAGGCCGAGAUGUCAUUCUGAAAAAAGACGUCCGGUUCAUAGUCCUGUCCAACAACUACCUGCAGAUCAGGGGCAUCAAGAAAACAGAUGAGGGUACUUACCGCUGUGAGGGCAGGAUCCUGGCCCGCGGGGAAAUCAACUUCAAGGACAUUCAGGUCAUUGUGAAUGUACCACCCACUGUCCAGGCCAGACAGAGCAUCGUGAAUGCCACUGCCAACCUGGGCCAGUCUGUCACCCUGGUGUGUGAUGCCGAUGGCUUCCCAGAGCCCACCAUGAGCUGGACAAAGGAUGGGGAACCCAUAGAGAACGAGGAGGAAGAUGACGAGAAGCACAUCUUCAGUGAUGACAGCUCCGAGCUGACCAUCAGGAAUGUGGAUAAAAACGACGAGGCCGAAUACGUCUGCAUCGCAGAGAACAAGGCUGGCGAGCAGGAUGCCUCCAUCCACCUCAAGGUCUUUGCAAAGCCCAAAAUCACCUAUGUAGAGAAUCAGACGGCCAUGGAACUAGAGGAGCAAGUCACUCUGACCUGUGAAGCCUCCGGAGACCCCAUCCCCUCCAUCACCUGGAGAACAUCCACCCGGAACAUCAGCAGUGAAGAAAAGGCAUCGUGGACUCGACCAGAGAAGCAAGAGACUCUGGAUGGGCACAUGGUGGUUCGCAGCCAUGCUCGUGUGUCCUCCUUGACCCUGAAGAGCAUCCAGUACACAGAUGCUGGAGAAUACAUCUGCACUGCCAGCAACACCAUCGGCCAGGAUUCCCAGUCCAUGUACCUCGAAGUUCAAUAUGCUCCCAAGCUCCAGGGCCCUGUGGCUGUGUACACUUGGGAAGGGAACCAGGUGAACAUCACCUGUGAGGUCUUCGCCUACCCAAGUGCCACAAUCUCCUGGUUCCGAGAUGGUCAGUUGCUGCCAAGCUCCAACUACAGCAAUAUCAAGAUCUACAACACCCCAUCUGCUAGCUAUCUGGAGGUGACCCCUGAUUCAGAAAAUGACUUUGGAAACUACAACUGUACAGCAGUGAACCGUAUUGGACAGGAGUCCUUGGAAUUCAUCCUUGUUCAAGCAGACACACCGUCUUCUCCAUCCAUUGACCGGGUGGAACCAUACUCCAGCACAGCGCAGGUGCAGUUUGAUGAGCCAGAGGCCACAGGGGGCGUGCCCAUUCUCAAGUACAAGGCUGAGUGGAAGUCGCUGGGCGAAGAAUCCUGGCAUUUCAAGUGGUAUGAUGCCAAAGAAGCCAACAUGGAAGGCAUUGUCACCAUCAUGGGCCUGAAACCUGAGACGAGGUACUCGGUACGACUGGCGGCCCUCAACGGCAAGGGGCUGGGCGAGAUCAGUGCAGCCACUGAGUUCAAGACACAGCCAGUCCAUAGCCCUCCUCCACUGGCUCCUGCUAACUCUUCCACUCUUGUUCCGUUGUCUCCUCGAGCUACAACCUGGCCUCUUCCUGUCCUUCCAACCACAGACCUGUCUAAAGGGGAACCCAGUGCACCCAAGCUGGAAGGGCAGAUGGGAGAGGACGGGAACUCCAUCAAGGUGAACCUGAUCAAGCAGGAUGACGGAGGCUCCCCCAUCAGACACUAUCUGGUCAAGUACAGAGCGAAGCUCGCCUCUGAGUGGAAACCGGAAAUCAGGCUCCCAUCCGGCAGUGACCACGUCAUGCUCAAGUCCCUGGACUGGAACGCAGAGUAUGAAGUCUAUGUGGUAGCUGAAAACCAGCAAGGAAAAUCCAAGGCAGCUCACUUUGUGUUCAGGACCUCAGCCCAGCCCACGGCCAUCCCAGCCAAUGGCAGCCCCACCGCAGGCCUGAGCACAGGCGCCAUUGUGGGCAUCCUCAUUGUCAUCUUCGUCCUGCUCCUGGUGGUCAUGGACAUCACCUGCUACUUCCUGAACAAGUGUGGCCUGCUCAUGUGCAUCGCUGUUAACCUGUGUGGCAAAGCUGGGCCCGGAGCCAAGGGCAAAGACAUGGAGGAGGGCAAGGCUGCUUUCUCGAAAGAUGAGUCAAAAGAACCCAUUGUGGAGGUCCGAACGGAGGAAGAACGGACUCCAAACCAUGAUGGGGGGAAGCACACAGAGCCCAACGAGACCACGCCGCUGACAGAACCCGAGCUGCCUGCCGACACCACAGCCACUGUCGAGGACAUGCUGCCUUCUGUCACCACCGUCACCACUAACUCUGACACUAUCACCGAAACCUUUGCCACUGCUCAGAACAGCCCUACCAGUGAGACCACUACACUGACCUCCAGUAUUGCCCCACCGGCCACAACUGUGCCAGACUCAAAUUCUGUGCCCGCUGGUCAGGCCACCCCUUCCAAGGGUGUCACUGCUUCAUCCUCGUCCCCAGCCUCAGCCCCCAAAGUUGCUCCUCUGGUUGACCUGAGUGAUACUCCAACUUCAGCUCCCUCUGCUAGCAAUCUGUCCUCCACUGUCUUGGCUAACCAAGGAGCUGUACUCAGUCCUAGCACCCCUGCCAGUGCGGGAGAGACCUCCAAGGCCCCUCCAGCCAGUAAGGCCUCCCCUGCUCCCACCCCCACUCCAGCUGGGGCAGCCAGCCCCUUAGCAGCAGUAGCCGCCCCUGCCACAGAUGCCCCCCAGGCCAAGCAGGAAGCCCCCAGCACCAAAGGUCCGGACCCAGAGCCCACCCAGCCUGGCACCGUGAAGAACCCACCUGAGGCAGCCACAGCCCCUGCUAGCCCGAAGAGCAAGGCUGCAACCACAAACCCUUCCCAGGGCGAGGACUUAAAAAUGGACGAAGGGAACUUCAAGACCCCAGAUAUUGACCUUGCAAAGGAUGUUUUUGCAGCCCUGGGCUCUCCUGCUCCCGCCACUGGGGCCAGUGGACAAGCCUCUGAGCUUGCUCCUUCCACUGCAGACAGCGCUGUGCCUCCCGCACCAGCAAAGACCGAAAAGGGCCCUGUAGAAACAAAGUCUGAGCCCCCGGAGUCAGAAGCCAAGCCAGCGCCAACUGAAGUCAAGACGGUCCCCAACGAUGCCACACAAACAAAAGAGAAUGAGAGCAAAGCAUGAUGGGUACCAAGCAACAAGCAAAGAUCAAAAUGAAAAGUGACACAGCGGCUUCACCAGAGCAUCCCCAAAUAAUCCCCCCCCCUCUCUCUCUCUCACAUACACACACACACACACACACACACACACACACACACACGCACACACAAACACAUUCCUCUAGUGUCUUUUGCCUUUAAAAACAAAACCAGAUAAACAACACGGGAAUGCCUUUUUGUAGGGUUCUAGAAAGGGCUCCUGUGUCUUACACUCACUUGUUAAGAAAAAAAAGAGACAAAAAGGUUAAACCCACAGCCAAACUAGGACACUCCGUUCCCUGAAACCAUUUAAAAUUCAGACAAAAGGGCCCCAGAUUAAGAAUCUAGGAAGCUCAGAUCGAAAAAGAAAGAAAGAAAGAAAGAAAGAAAGAAAGAAAGAAAGAAAGAAAGAAAGAAAGAAAGAAAGAAAGAAAGAUAGAUCUAGGCUCGGGGAGGCUGCAAUUGGUAUUACCCAAUUGGCACAGAUCAGUUUCAGAAAAAAAUGCUUCCAAGAACUUAGACUAAGGAAUGAACCAAGCCCACAGUUUAUUUUUAUACUUUCAGUCAAGUUGGAACUCUGUCGAACCUCACAAAUAAGUUAUACUUUCCGUUCAGUUUGUGUUUGUUCCAUAUGCGGAGUGUGGCACUCUGGCUAGCUGAGUUCAGUUCCCACGGGGACUCCUGUUUCUUAGGAAGCAUGCCAAAUGCCAGCUUAUUCCAGUUCUUUUGCUUUUGAUUUUUUUUCCUCUACUCUUUCUUUUCUUUCCCUUUCUUCCCUGUUUAUCAAGUUUGCUUUCCAGUGUUUACAAGUUGACAGACUACGUUUGACUUUGGUUGUGUUUAAUGUCCCUGUAUAAAAUAGCUCCCCCCCCCCCCCGCCCCCUGUUUUUUCUUUAAGCAACAGGUACCCCGUAGAGGCAGGUAGAAUCCUCACAGGUUGCUUUUAGCAUGGGUGAAGGUUACAAAAGAUGAUUGUUUACAGUGGCUCUAUCCCCCUAACCAUCCCCUGCCCUACCCCUGAGGAUUCUGAUUCAUUACAGUUUUUACCUGUGUCAAACUGGGGCGAGAGCCCCUCCUUCUGAAAUGAUUUUGCCUUUUUUUUUUUUUUGUUAAUUCUGUUUCUUAGGGGGAGAUGGGGGAUGUUAGACCACUUUUGGAUUAGCUGCCACCUGCCUGUGUCUGUGACACUGGACCUACUGCCCAGGUGUCUGCGCACCCUUCCUCUGAAGGACUCCUUUGGCUUUGUUGAAUGAAGCAGAGAAGAUUGUAUAGUUGGGGCUGGGGCUGGUCUUGGUGAACACACUUUUCUUUUUUUUUCUUUUUUCUUUUUUUUUUCCUUUUUUUUUUUUUUUUUUUUUACCCCAGACACCUCCUUUUUGUAGAAAGCCAAAUAAAAUAUAUACAUACCACUUCCUUUAGAGCCCAGAAUCUAGAUUUGAACGGAAGAGCGCGUGUGCUUCAGGGAAGUAGUGUCUCCUUUUGGAAAUCUAUGGAAGUAAAGUGACAUCGGCCUUCUGUUCAGUUAGGCAACAUUUGUAAAAAAAAAACAAAUAUCGUCUGGAGUUAUAAUACAACUCUCCUGGAUCGGAAACCAAGUGGGGGGAAAAUACAGAAACUUUCAGGGGAUGGGAGGGGGGAGAAGGGAAAAGCCAGCCCUUUGUAUAGAAAUUUUGCUUUUGUUUUUUCAUUCUGCUUUAGAACGCAAGCUUGUGCACUGUGGAUGCGUGAAUAUUUUAGUGUGAAACGUGUUUUUGUCAUAGUAUUGAAAUAAAACUUCAACAUAGUUUGGUUGUGGAAGGUAUAGCAGAUAGUUCAGAAAAGAAAAAAAAAAACACAAACAACUAUUCAGGAAACAAAACAAAACAAACAAAUCCCAAAAGGAAAAAAAAGGAAUCAAGGCCUUUUAAUAGGCAAUAAAACAGAGUGACACUGAUGAAGAGGACGCUAAGCCAACAGACGUCCCCCGACAGCACGUGUUCCUUUCCCAAGUACAAAGUGACAAGAGGUUAGGGUGGCCAGACGCACCCGUGUUCACUCUGUGGGCCACAUCCCCCAGGGUUCUGACACUUCUGCAGUGUGACCAGUGGUGAUGCUAGGUUAUAAUUUCAAACUGUGAAAAAUAAUGGUCUCGUCCUUUACUCAGUGUGGGGUUAUUUUGCAUUUUCUCAGCUCCCGGGGAUGGGAAUGGAGGAUCCCAGAACACUCAGCCCAGCCCAGCCCCUUUCAUUCCAGGGCCUGCACAGAUCCACAGUUCACGUACACGGGUCCUCAGGAAGAGCUAUCGGGUAGACAACUCUGAGGGCACUUAGCAGAAUGGGAGAGCUGGGUAGCACCCGAGCCAGGUCCUUGCGGUGAGGGGCAGACUCCUUGGGCCACAGCCUGUUCCGGGGAAUCGCUUUCCCAUAUGGUGAAGUCGGCGGCUGGACCGGCUCUGCCGAGGGCACACUGUACCUCCUGGAAAUGGUGUACUCCACUGUUUGUGGUUGGAUACAUUGAGCUCAACUCUGAUGAUAAGAAGAGACAGAGGUAUGGCCAACUCCAAAAUAAUGUGGCCCAGAGUAGCUGACGCUCAGAACACUGGCCACACAUUUGCUGGAAGCCAAGACCGCCCACACUUUGAUAUGCCUCUCUCUUUAUACAUAUGUUUGUCUCGCCAUGCAUGGGUUUUCCUUUCUUCCUUUUUCUGUUUCUUUUUAUUUUUAAACAGCAGUAGUCUCUCUGAUAUCAAAGAGGGAGACAGUGUAUCCCCCCCUAUUCUUUUAUGUGAAGAAAUAAGUAUUUAGUUUUCUGUAGGGUUUUUUGGUUUUGGGGGGGGGGUUGUUUGUUUGUUUGUUGUUUUAGUUUUUGGAAGGAGGGAUGGACUCCACCAGUGUCAGUGUCGGUGUGUCUUAUGUCUAUGUGGCAUACAUUGUAUCACAUAAAGACCAGCAUGGCCAAGUUCCGUGGGAAGGUUACCCAGGUGCCACCAGUGGGGUCUCCCAGUCCUGAAGGGCCAAGGUGUAUCCAACAGGAUUCUAUGUCCUCAUUUUCUAUGGAACCUCCCAUGUCCCAGGGUCUCACCCUCAGCUGUCCGUCUGGAUGGUGGUGAUCACACCUCCAUUAACAUCCUUACCCAGCAUUCUGUACUUCGGGGGCCUUCUCUCUUGUUAUAAAAACUUUUUACUGAGUGAAACAUCAACACCACCUUUGUUUCCAUUCUCACUGCUGUAAAUACUGAGUACUAACUGAGAAUUUUGACUUUGCAUUCUGUCAGAAUACUUGUGUUCAAUAAAAGUUGAAAGAAAAAAAAAAGCAA